GCCAGUGGCAAAGGGAACUUCGAACGAGAUGGAUGCGUGAUCAUCAUAUAAUGAUGAUUAUCAACAACAGUUAAACUUUCAGCCAGACAACAACAGCAGAAGCAGAGUGUGAGUGGCAGAGAGAGAGCGCCAAAAAAGAGUGUGAGAGCGCUGAGAGUGACAGAGCGAGCGAGACACUCGUGUGUUCGUGUGUUUCCACUCACUGCACGAAGACGUCGAUCCGAAGGCUGUUCGGCUGCUCGGCUCGUGUACUCGGUGCUGUCGGUGUUCGUCGGUCGGGUCGUGUGUCGUUACCUGUAACUCGAAUCAGGUAGAGGCAGACAUGAAGGCGUUAGUCGUUCUACAGCGCUGAUCGAGUUGAAAUCUAUUUGCUGGGCAUCGAGUCGAAGAUCGAGAGCCGCAUAACAAACAACGACGACGACGACGACGCCAAGUGCCAAAUUCAAGUUAAUACAAAAGUGAGCACACACAAAAUUGGCGUAAGAAACUAAACUUGACAACAACAACAACAACAAAGAAACAAAAGAUUAACUCGGCAACAAAAUAAAACGCGUGUGUUACAACAACAAAUGUAUGAUCAAUCUAUAUAAUGCAAUAGUAGUUGAUGUGCGUGUGUGUGAGUGAGUGUGCGUGUAUGUGUGUGUGAGUGUGUGUGUAUCGCUGGAAUGUCAACUGACAAGUUGUAAAGGGAAACCCUGAAACACGAACUACAAUUUUGUACAUAAACAUAAAACAAAUCAAAAGCAACAACCAAAACACCAAAAUCACACAAAAAAAUGCAAAGCAAAUCAAAUCAAACAAAAGAUACAACUACAAGCUCGGGAUUUGCAUAGCAACAACAACAAUAACAACAACAACUCGAACAACAACAAAUAGAAAUCGUCGAAAUUAAACGUUUCGUGCGCCUCACUUUGCAUUUUGAUUUUUAUUUUGGCAUUUGGUUUGUUGUCACCUGGAAAAUAUGUGGAUUACUGUGCCGUCAGCAGAAACACCAACAACAACAACAGCAACAGCAGCACCAACCACACUCACAGCAGCAGCAACAACAACAACAACAACAUCAAGUACAGCAACAAUACAAACAACGACACGAGCGCGAUGCAGAGACGAGCGCGUGAAUAAAUCGCAAAUUGAAUGUAAAGUGUUGUCGGUGAAUUGAACAGCAAACAAACAAAAAACAAGAAAGCAACAAGACACAAAGUGCCAAUGCUUAGUGUAUCUGCCAGAUACGUAUCUGCAACUGCAACACAACUUGUGACAACAGCAACAGCAACGAGGAGGCAACAACGAUUGCGCCUCGAAUGCGGCAAUAAAAUAUUCAACAAGAACUUCAUCUAUUUCCUAUACAAUUAUCGCAAGCGAAAACUGAUCAAACUUCUCAAACUGAGGCACUGAGAUUACUCGAUCGGACUGAAAGAUACUUGCUAUAUUGACAAAGCGUGAUUUAUUUGUUAAACCUUCGUUUCGACGGUAGCUACAAAAAAAACAGAAAACAAUAUCGAAAACAGCUGUAAAUUGUGCAAAUAUCUAAACCAAAGCAACACAGCAACAAACAACUGCAACAACAACAACUGCAACUGCAGAUAACACACUCAAAGCCAAACAUCGUAAAUUCGUUAUAAAUCGGAGAGUGCGCACCCAAGUGUCAGUCAAUCGAUCAAUAUACGCGGCUUACAAUAUCAAAAAUCAAAAAAAAAGAAGAAAGCAAAACGUAAAUGGUAAAUAAAUAAAUAAAUAACGAUACAUGUUUUAAGCAUAAACUACAAGCAAAGUCUAGAUCCCGAGAUACGACAACAUAGGAAACUUUAUAAGACUGAGAGUUGCAAGCGACCAUGCGCGCAUGGCUUCUACUCCUCGCAGUGCUGGCGACUUUUCAAACGAUCGUUCAAGUUGCUAGCACCGAGGAUAUAUCAUCGAGAUUUAUCGCAGCGAUAGCGCCAACAACAACUACAACAACAACAACGGCCAUAAUAAAUACUAAAACAACGACUACAGCAUUAGCUAAAGCAUUUAAGCCAUUUAACGAGUUGCGACUUAGCAACAUCGUCAACAACAACAACAACAACAACAGUGAUAGUGAUAACAACAACAACAAGAGCAAAAGCAAGAAGCAGAGCAAGAGCAACAAAAGUGCCGAAUUCAAACAGUUUAUCGGAGUGCAUAAAUCAAGAACAGACCAAUUAGAAAAUUCCAAAAAUAUCAAAAAUAAGCAUAAGCAACAUAAUUUAACUAACGACAAGCAACACGCUAAAACAACAACAACAACAAACAGCAACAAAAUGGCUAUCAAGGAGCAACAGCAACAACAACAACAACAACAACACAGACACAAAGCAUCCACAGAAUCUCAACAAAAAUCCGCCAUUGCGGAUGUGUUUGUCUUGGAUCCAGCGCUCACCAGAACCCACUCCUCCUCCUCCUCCUCCGCCGCCUCCUCCGCUUCAUCAUCGAGCUCCUCCUCCGCCAUCUCAACAAGUUUCAGCUACGAUUCGUACUCGAAUACGGAUACAGUGCUGGGGGAAUUCGAGGCGCCUGGAAUUGCGGCCGCCAUCAUCGUGGAGGAUGAACCAGCCACGUACAGCAGCAAGGAGAUCAUCAAGGACAAAGUGAAACCAGAUCCCUCAACUCUAGUCGAAAUCGAAAACAGUCUGCUCUCGCUGUUCAACAUGAAGAGGCCGCCAAAAAUCGAUAGAUCCAAAAUCAUCAUACCGGACGCAAUGAAAAAACUCUACGCCCAAAUGAUGGGACACGAACUUGAUUCCGUCAAUAUACCUCGACCGGGACUAUUAACUAAAUCAGCAAACACAGUCAGAAGUUUUACACAUAAAGAUAGUAAAAUCGACGAUCGGUUUCCACAUCAUCAUCGGUUUCGUCUGCACUUCGAUGUGAAGAGCAUUCCCGGCGAGGAGAAGCUCAAGGCGGCCGAGCUGCAGUUGACGCGCGAUGCGUUGAGCAUCUCUGGUCAGGUGAAUCGCAAUCGGACACGCUACCAGGUGCUCGUCUACGAUAUCACACGGGUGGGUGUGCGGGGCCAUCGGGAGCCGAGCUAUUUGCUGUUGGACACGAAGACGGUGCGUCUCAAUCAAACCGAUACGCUCAGUCUGGACGUGCAACCUGCCGUGGAUCGGUGGCUGGCUACACCGCAAAAGAACUACGGUCUGCUCGUCGAGGUGCGAACGAUGCGUUCACUCAAACCGGCACCGCAUCAUCAUGUGCGCUUGCGCCGCAGCGCGGACGAAGCGCAUGAGGAUUGGCAGCACAAGCAGCCGCUGCUCUUCACCUACACCGACGACGGUCGUCACAAGUCGCGCUCGAUACGCGACGUCAGCGGUAAGGGGGGCGGUGGUGGCAAUCGUAAUCGUCGGCAUCAGAGGAAGCCGACGCGUCGCAAGAAUCGCGAAGAGGAUUGCCGACGGCAUUCGCUCUAUGUGGACUUCACGGAUGUGGGAUGGAGCGAUUGGAUUGUGGCGCCGCCGGGAUACGAUGCGUUCUAUUGCCACGGCAAGUGCCCGUUUCCGCUAGCGGAUCAUCUCAAUUCCACGAAUCAUGCGGUUGUGCAGACCUUAGUCAAUGAUAUCAAUCCAGGGAAGGUACCAAAGGCGUGCUGUGUGCCCACGCAGCUGGAGGGCAUCUCUAUGCUCUAUCUCAAUGACCAAAGGACAGUUGUGCUCAAGAACUAUCAGGACAUGACCGUAGUCGGUUGUGGCUGUCGAUAAGUCGAUAAGCGAGAGUUAGAUAGAGUUAAACUGAGCGAGAGAGAGAGAGAGAGAGAGAGAGAGCGAGCGAAAGCGAAAGAGCAUCAAAUGCUGUUUGGUUCCAAGCCGUCAAUGCUUUAAACACAACGCAAACAAAAUGGACUGAAUAUUUGAAUUUUAAGUGUAAAUCGUAGACUUUAAUUGUAUGUAGAGCGAAAUGCAGCCACGCCCAGCCGCCCCCACCCCCAACAACAACAACACCACCACCACCACCACCGCAACAGCAACAGCAGCAGCAACCGCCUCUGUCACUUUCCACAGCCAGGCUUUGGAAAUGUUGCACAGAGCACACACACACACACACACACACACACACACACAGCCAGAGCAGAAGAGCACACGAGAAACAACUGUAAAUAGCCGCAUCAACAAAAUCGCACCCACCUGCCCCCC